AUGGGUCGACCUCAGUCGGCUUUGGCUCCCGCUCCCGACGCUCACGCCCACCUGCCACCCCUUAUUGAACUAAGAUUCCAGAUGGCAAACUCUAUGAAUGGCAGAAACCCAGGUGGUCGAGGAGGAAACCCCCGAAAAGGUCGUAUUUUGGGUAUUAUUGAUGCUAUUCAGGAUGCAGUUGGACCCCCUAAGCAAGCUGCAGCAGAUCGAAGAACUGUGGAGAAAACUUGGAAACUUAUGGACAAAGUGCAUCUGCGACUUAUAUUGAGUAAAUAUGAUGACAACCAGAAACUUGCGCAACUCAGUGAGAAUGAAUAUUUUAAAAUCUACAUUGAUAGUCUAAUGAAAAAGUCAAAACGGGCAAUAAGACUCUUUAAAGAAGGCAAGGAGAGGAUGUAUGAAGAACAGUCACAGGACAGAACUAUCGUACCAUGGAAAGUAUUCAGACAGUGCCUUCAUGAGGUCCAUCAAAUUAGCUCUGGCCUGGAAGCAAUGGCUCUAAAAUCAACAAUUGAUUUAACUUGCAAUGAUUACAUUUCAGUUUUUGAAUUUGAUAUUUUUACCAGGCUAUUUCAGCCAUGGGGCUCUAUUUUACGGAAUUGGAAUUUCUUAGCUGUGACGCAUCCGGGUUACAUGGCAUUCCUUACAUAUGAUGAAGUUAAAGCACGACUACAAAAAUACAGCACCAAACCCGGAAGCUACAUUUUCCGGUUAAGUUGCACUCGACUGGGACAGUGGGCCAUUGGCUAUGUCACCGGGGAUGGCAAUAUCUUACAGACCAUACCUCAUAACAAGCCCUUAUUUCAAGCCCUGAUUGAUGGCAGCAGGGAAGGGUUUUAUCUUUAUCCUGAUGGGAGGAGUUAUAAUCCUGAUUUAACUGGAUUAUGUGAACCUACACCCCAUGAUCAUAUAAAAGUUACACAGGAACAAUAUGAAUUAUAUUGUGAAAUGGGCUCUACUUUUCAGCUCUGUAAAAUUUGUGCAGAAAAUGACAAAGAUGUCAAGAUUGAGCCUUGUGGACAUUUGAUGUGCACCUCUUGCCUUACAGCAUGGCAGGAGUCAGACGGCCAGGGCUGCCCCUUCUGUCGUUGUGAAAUAAAAGGAACUGAGCCCAUAAUCGUGGACCCCUUUGACCCAAGAGAUGAAGGCUCUAGGUGCUGCAGCAUCAUUGACCCCUUUGGCAUGCCAAUGCUUGAUUUGGAUGAUGACGAUGAUCGCGAAGAAUCCUUGAUGAUGAAUCGGUUGGCAAAUGUUCGAAAGAGCAAUUUUUGUGAAACCAUGGAUAAGUCAAAAAUUCAUGUUAUUUUCGAAUAUGAGUUCUGUUGUGGAAGCAUUGCAGUGCAGACAACUUGA